AUGUCCAAGCAAUUAACUUUAUCCGGAAUCAGCUUUAAGCCGAAGCCAUAUUUCAAAAAUGCUUCCACACUUUAUGAGAAAUUUAUCAAUAAGAACUGGAGUAAGAGACACUAUUGCUUUAAAACAAAGCAAGAAUUUAUAAAAAAUGCCCUUCAUGAAUGGGACAAAAUUAGGCACAAUGAAAAUGCAGUGAACGAGUAUCUUGCUCAAAGUGAAUCAACCAAGAAUACGUCCAAACCAUUUUUUCAAAAACUCUCAUGCAAAGCUGAUUCGCAACAUAAAGAAGAUACAAUUUUACCCAGCAUACACCAUCCAGUGAAGAAAAAAUCAGAAAGUACAGAUUUAUUAGAGAAUGCACCAACGAACAUCGAAUCUCGGGAGAAUUAUUUAAAAUCUCAUGAAUUAAAGAUGGUAAAGAAAUUCCUAGACGAAAUUGGCUCACAAUCGUCAGAAUUCCUUGCACCAGAUGUACUUGCUGAUGAGUCAUUUAUGAAGUUUUUGACGUCGUUGAUGUAUUCUUGGAACACUUUCUUCACCCUUAGAUCAAGUUACAAAGACAUGGGAAAGUACAUCAGGAAGUCUGCAUUAAAUUUCAUGCUGGAAGCCAUUGAGGUCGGUGUACAAAAUUUUAAGGCUGACAUCAAGACAGUUGUCGAUAUCAAAUGUCUAUCAGGGAUGAGUGCAACUUUGCUGAGUCAAAGCUAUCUUAAAAGAGCCGAAGCACUGAAAAACAUUAUUUUAUCUGGUUCAAAACUUAACAUGCUAAUCUCAGACAAAAGUUUAUUGAAUUCACUGACACGCAGGAUAAAACAGCAAGAACAAAAUAAAAACUCUUUCACAAUGCUUACCACCAGAUUACCCAGUGAGCUGGUGUCUUGCUUUUGUGUUAACAGUUCUACUUUAUCUUGGGAUGAAGUUUUUGCGAAGUUUGUCGAAGAUGAAAACUCUCGAACUGAGAAAACACUGCAAGGGUCUACACGGGAUCAAAUAACUAUCGCCACUUAUUUGUCAGAAAAUUUAGUAGUCUCGUCCGAAGAGCUUGGGUUGAAAAGUGAAGCUGAAAAACUACAAGUACUUCAAAGGAUGCCUGUCAUUCACGAACUUGCAUUCACUCCUGAUUUGUUUGAUAAUUCAUAAAUUUGGACAAGACGGUUGAUUCCAAAGAAGAUGAAAAAGAAGAUGGAAAAGGCGAUGAUAAAAGAGCAGAGUCAAACAAUCGAGAAAACAAAGAAAAGACAUGCGAGUAUAGAGAACAACCAUCACUAGUCACGAAGUUUCCAGACAUCAUCGACAAAACAACGGAAUUUAUUAAACAGCAUGGUUUUGCUGCACAACACCGCAGGCGUACGUCAACUGGUUACUCGUCUGGUGUAACAAUAGCACAAAUUCGCGAACACCUCAUGAAAGAGAUUCCUGGACUGAAGGAGCAUGGUAUAUCAUCAUCUACUAUCCGACGGCUUUUCAAAGCCCCCUUUAGGUCAAGAGUGUCUAGUGCAAGGUAUAAAAAUUAUAUUAACGUAAGAGUAGGAACAAAAUCGAACUCCUAUCGUGAACAUCACCCCGACGCACAUUACUUGUUUGCUCGGAACAAAGCAAGGCGAGAGUUUGCAACACUGUUCAGUGACCAUGUUACCAUGAUCAGUACAGAUGACAUGGCAAAAAUAAAAGUCGGUGCACCUGCUGUAUCUCGUUAUCAUCAAAUACAACGUUUUUUUCCAACGGGUGACUCACCAAAUUACAGUGACCACGAUUUUCCUGUUCCAAACUACUUACUUUCUGUGUCUGGAUACAUGGUAUUGCAAGAGACAGAGGUUGAAAACAAUGAUGAUGUAUCAGAAACUGCUCAAAAUUUUUCCAAUGCGUCUACAUAUGAUUAUACUCCGGGUACUACCGUAUUAACCCAAACUGAAAAUUCGGUGUUAGAAAAGUUUAACAUUUUCAUGGACGAAUCUGUAAAUGACCUAUAUGAAAUCAUCAUUUCUCAAGCAAGGACUCAACUGAAUGUUAAAACGACAAAGGAAGAAAUUCUGGAUGUUUUAAAGGAAGAAAAAGGCAUUCAAGUUGAAUAUCCAGAUAGUCGUGCUCUACUUGAAGCAAUCGUUUUUGGAAUAUCGUCGUUAUUUCAAACACGCAUGGUUUUAAUAAAUGUCACCGAUAAUACCUCUGUUGAUAUAGUAAGUGAUAACUGCAAUAAUGAAGAAGCACCAAUUUAUAUUUGCAUGAAAAAUGAGCCUUUGGCUUUCACCUUACCAGUGUUUUGCAAGGAAUCUGUUCAGAAAUUUGAAAGCCUUCCAAUUAAUCCAGGAUCUUUAACAUAUGAUAACCUUGGACGCCUUCACUUGAAUACCCCAUAUUCAGGGCCAGCACAUGUCUAUAUCUGCUCAAGCAAAUAUAAUGGAACUGUUGCGUCUCACAUUACAGAUAUUCACGGAAUAAUUUGUGGUGAUGACUAG